CCUCCAGGUCCUUCCACAGCCGCGUCCGUCGCUGCGGAACGAGAGGGGACACGGAGUAAUCCCCCACCUCCUGCCACCCCUUUCCCCCUUUUAGUGCCCCCCCCCCCUUCCCCUCCCCUCCAUUCUUUUCCCCUCCCCUCUCUCCCCGGGCGCUGGUCACGGCUCCACAUUGUCGGCGAUGGCGACUGCGGCAAGGGCGCUGCUCUCCGCCGCCCUGGGCAGCACCCGGACGGCGGCGGCCGCUAGCAGCUUCAGCGGGCUGGGCGUCAGCAGGCAGCAGCAGCAGCAGCGGACGGUAUGCCAGAGAUUCCCAGUAUGGCGCAAUCAGAGAGUAUUUUUCUGCUCCAGUAGCUUAGUGACCUCUAACGAUGUAAGUGUUGUUUACCAGAAUGGUUUACCCGUCCUCUCCGUGACCCUGCCAUCUCGGCGAGAGCGUUGCCAGUUCACACUUCGGCCCAUCUCCGACUCCGUGGGCGUUUUCCUAAAGCAACUGCAAGCAGAGGAUAAGGGCAUUGACCGAGUGGCUAUCUACACUCCAGAUGGAGUUCGAAUAGCUGCAUCCACAGGAAUUGACAUCCUGCUUCUUUCUGACUUCAACUUGGUGAUAAAUGAUGUGACACACCAUGUACAGCCACCAAAGCAAGAGAGCCUGAGUCACGAAGAUGCGGCGACAAUGAAUGACGUUAAGAUCCUUGUCCAGCAACUCUUCACCACCUUGAACAUCGAGCAACACCAACUGCACAAGGAGCGGGAACUCCAGAAACGAGUGGAGGAGCUGCACGCUCAGAUUGAACCUCUUGAGAAAAUCAAGUCGGAAUUAGCCAGGAAAGCAGAGAAGAGGUCGAGCUGGGUACUGUGGGGGGGUAUGGCUUUCAUGGCGACGCAGUUCGGAAUCCUCGCCCGGCUCACUUGGUGGGAAUAUUCCUGGGAUAUAAUGGAGCCGGUCACCUAUUUCAUCACGUACGGCAGUGCAAUGGCUAUGUAUGCCUAUUUUGUUAUCACACGGCAGGAAUACAUUUACCCUGAUGCCAAAGACAGGCAAUACCUGCACUUCUUUCACAGAGGAGCCCAGAAGACGCAAUUUGAUGUCGAAAAAUACAACCAGCUCAAGGAUGCAAUCGCUCAGGCCGAGUUGGACUUGAAACGUCUUCGGGAUCCACUCCAGCUCCAUCUUCCCAUCCAGCCUGUCAGCAGCCAGGAGUGAGGAAUAGGUGCAGAACGACUCCCCGUCCAACACCCUUCCCAAGCCCCUCUCCUACCCUUCCCUGUGCUCCCUCGCCCUCAACCAAUUCCCCAACACUUCCACUCCCAGCCACCUGAGCAGCGGAAAACCUGGUGAAGCUGAGGCCAGGAGCACCCUUACUCAUUUAAACCAAACGCCCGUACGUUCCGAAGAUCGAGCGAGAGGGUUUUGAAUCCACGGUGAGGUCUCAGGUGCCCUGCAGACGUCGAUAACACGGACAAUGUGGGCGCCGACUUCCUUUGUGACCACGCGUGGACAGAUAGGGGAUGCACGUUUCCUCUGUGGGAUUUUUUUAAAAAGAAAAGAUCAUUUCCGUGCAUUAUUUUACAGUUUUAUCUUGUUUUGUGUGCAGAUUUUACAAACUAUGGAUUCAUCCAACAUUGCUGCAGUCCUUUAGAAAUCUAUAAAUUAUAUUAAAAGAGAAAAAUUGCAUACAAUUAAGUAAAAGGGCAUCAUUUGUGAAAUAAAUUGUACAAAAAAGCACUGUAAUUCUGACAAUAAAUGACUUCCACGACUGUUUUGGAGCUAGA